CACUUAUAGCUUACAGCUGUGUGAACGAGUCGAGUCCCCACCAUGGACGAAACGGGACCGUGCAUGGACUUAGAAAAAGUUGAAGAAAAGGGGAAAUAAUAACUAAAACAUCAUCAGUUUUACAUUCGCCUGGGUGAUGUUCUAACCAUAGACUGUAUAGGUUCUAACGGGCUUACCUUAAACUUCAGAAUAAGAGCGAAGUGACAUUUUAAAGUCAGCUGAGUUUGAACUCUUCACGGUGCUGGACUCGUGUUUGAAGCUGCAACAUGCUGAGGAUGCCAGCAGUGGAACUGUAGCAAGGGGAAACGGUUUAUCUGAUUGUUGGACUACAACCGUUCAGCACAGACAGCAGAGCGGCCUGCAGAGAGGAGCUGAAGAUGAACUCCAGGAGACCUCCUGACGGGGGGUACGGCUGGGUUGUGGUCAUGUCUGCCUUUUUUAUCAUGGGCCUCACUGCUGCCGUUCUCAAGAACUUCGGCCUCUUCUUCCUCGACAUCCAGAGUCACUUUCAAGUCAUGACCAGCACUACCUCAUGGGUCACCUCCACUACGAUCGGCAUGUUUCACCUAGGAGCUCCAUUGGCCAGUGUGCUUACCCUACGUUUUUCUCAGAGGGUGGUCAUCAUACUAGGAGGUCUGCUGUCAGCCUCUGGAAUGUUGCUGGCCUCUCUGGACCUCAGUCUGCCGUGGCUCUACCUCACCAUGGGCGUCAUGCAAGGUAACACACUCGAAGCAUUUCCUCUCUUUUCACGUUCACCCAGCCUUUUGGCCUUUUACUCCCGCCCCCAUCACCCGUCCCUGUGUGUGCAGGACUACAAGUUGAAUUUUGGCCUGUACAAUAAAUAUGUGGACAACAUUUGGCACGGUGGAGUGGCCACCAUUGAGUCCUGUCAAGGGGCUGAGGUGUGGGGGGUCAUUUGGACUUUGAGCAACGAAAACCUCCCGAGCCUGGACAAUCAGGAAGGGGUGAAUGAAAGCUAUUACUCUCCUCUUGAACUUUCAUUAGAGACUGACAAAGGACUCCUACUGUGCAGGACUUAUCAGAUGAACAAUUUCCACGCCUGCCCUCCCUCGCCUCAGUACAAACAGGUGGUGUGUUUGGGAGCCGAACAGAACGGACUCCCGGUGGAUUACCUGAAGAGGCUGCAGGCCAUUGAAACCAACAACUACAGCGGCCCCUCCUUACUUGAUCAAAUCACAACAGUCACAAAGUAAAGAUUGAACAUUAACAUUCUUAAAAUUUGGAUCAGUUUACAAAUCUUCAUCAUGUUUGUAGCAGAAUUGAAAACAAGAUAAAGUACAGAAUAUAUUUUAGGUUCCUAACUUCUCUUACUAGAAGUUUCUGGAGCUUUUGACCUGUAUUUCCCAGUCUUUAUUAUUACCAUAACCAUGUAAUUAAUAAUGAUAUCAUAUAAAUGAAGGAUUAUAAAGGUAUGACAUUGCAAAAACUGUGGGAUUUAAUUAACCGACUGUGGAAAAAGUUAGUAACUGCACCCUGAGGUUUAGGAACUAAUAUUUCUAAGGUCAAAACUGAAUCAGAUAUGAAAAUUAAUCAGCACCACAAUGUGUCCAGAAGGUGGUGAUGUAUUCACUCUAGUAUCCUUAUCUUUUAUUUCCAGCUGCUGUUUUUAAACAAUUACUGUAUUUUAUUCAAUCACAAUGGAAGAUAACAUGUACGAAACUGUGGAAAUUGGUUAUAUUUCAGGAUUACUCAGGGUAAUAUUAAACACUGAGUAACAAACA